UAAGAACGAAGAACCCACACCCCCGCAGCCGUCCGAUCCCAGGCCCGGGGCAGCCUCGGAAGCCAUGGUUCUCGGCAAGGGGAGGCCAGCCCAGGCUCGGGCCAGGGCCGGUGGCCAUGGUUAGCGGGAAUAUCGGCUCAAUGUUGUGGCGGCCAAUGGGCAAGAUGCACGCGUGGCCGGGAAGGGAAGAGGGCGUGGUGACAAGUGUUAUGCCAUGCACUCCUAGGGCUCCAUGGCUACUCUGGUCGGACACGGUUGUGUGGGCAUUCCCGUGAGAGCCUGUGCGUGGUAAGUAACAGGGGCGAGUAGAAUGGUAGGAUCAACGAGGCCCAGGCGAAGCAGGAGAUGCUGGCUUACCAGGCCCUAUGCCAAGCCGAGCUCAUGAGGUCGGAGAAGACGCCCCACCGGACGCAACCUGGCAACAUUGCGUAUACCGAAGGCCAGCAACACUGCUCCCAAUCACCAAGAAGUCGAAAUAUUUCGUCGAGCUUCCAUCCAGACGUGUUCUUGAAUGGCGGCCAUUCUGGUGUGAGGAAAUCCUCCCAUUUGCGGCAGCCUUUGGAAAGCAAUUAUCAAGGACACUCCCUCUUCAUCCCCGGAUUCUCUCGAGAAAUCCUUUGCUGCUGGGCCUGGAACCAGGUGUUUCGAGUUGACGUAGGGCUGUUGUGGCUGUCUACGUGUGGAGGGCCCUGGGAUUUGCGAGCAAAGGAAUCGAUCGAGUGAUUUUUGCGCUGCUGAGCGAUUCUCUCCACGUCCAGCUCGAGCGUCCGGCGGACUGGAAUGCUGCCUUUGGGACAACGCUGGCCGGCUUGGUGCCACUCUUGGAGGCCAGAAGAAACGAGGAAUUUGAUGGCGAGAUCUGUAAAGUUGAUAGCAAAAAAUUCGCUCGAUCAGUCACACCAAUGCCUCGAGCAAAAUGGUAGAACAAGAAGAAUCACGUAACUAUACGAAUGCUCGAAGGAAAACACGCAAACGUGGGAACCAAGUUUACCACCGAUCAAACAAGCAGGCAUGAAAGUUAGAGGAGAUUUCUAAGGAAGUGAGAAUUUAUAUGAGAACCUGUAGCUUGGAGCCUUGCAGCAAUGGAUGAUCGAAUGCCGGCUGGGAACGCAGUCGAUAAUAUCUCCAUCAGGACUCUUCACCCACGAAUAAUUUAAGGAAGAACAUCAAGGAAGAAGAUGUAGUUUA